GCCAGAAAUGAUGUUAGAUCUAAAUCAUGUCUUUGUUUAUCAGUCGUAAAGAUAGUACAAUUAUUUACAUUGCCACUUUAUGUGGAUGAGGAAGGUUUAAAAUGCAAUUGUGAAUUACACUGUAGUUAAUUUUGCCUUUUAUGGACAGAGAAGAUCAUAAAUUGCAGACUUGUUCAGGAAAUGUAGUGCAGGAUUGCUUUGAAUAAGAUGAAAUUUACUUUUUCGUAAUCAGGCUGUGAUACUACUUGUUGUUCCCUAUACCAACACUACCUGAAUGGCAAAUAACAUCAAACUAUUAUUAUCACACUUUUAUAACGACAUGAAAGGAAGGAAAUGUCAUAUCCAAGAACCAUUAUUGGAGACAAAAUGUCACUUGCUAUCAAUUCGAUGUCCCUUCCCGCCAGAAGUGGAAUUGAUUUGCUGUCAUCUCGAAGUUAAAAGGCCACUGCAAGCCAUACACAGUCGGGAUUGCGGUCUGUGGUACUCUUUCGAAUUAAUCCUGGUCAGAAAACUCAACUUGGUACACCCUUAUUCCGCUGCUGAUGAGAUUGUCAUUGCAAACAUGCGCAAGAAUAAAGAUCCAAUACGAAUAACCGUAUUCCAAGAACACAGUCUCCAAAAAAACGAAAUUCUGUACCAGUGCACGUAUGAAUGUGUUCACGACUGACAUUUACAAAAACAACAUAAACAAGCUAAAACAUAUAGACAACAAACACCAAAUAAAACGACCAAGGAACAAAUUGAGGCCCUGUUGUGGAUCGGUCAUUGCAACAACAGCAUUGGGGAAUUGAAACUUGUUAAUAGUGCUAACGAAACCUCACUCCUCUUAAACCUCAAAGUCACACAUUCCUUUUUUUCAUAUUUUUUUCUUCAGUCAAUUGAUUUUCUAUGAACUGAAUAAAACCACAAUGAUUUUAUUAAUAUGUGAACUGUCAUUAGCUUAGAAUAUUGUCACCCUACAUGUUGUCAAUAGACAAAAUGCAUCAAGUAUAGAAGCUAAGAAUCCUAAAUGAUAUAAAGAAACGAGGUCAAAAAUCCAACAGGAAAAGCUACACUUAAAGAACAUAGCCAUAAAUACAGCAUUCUAUAUGGAAACAGGGCUAUGAUUAAUUAUAAAUUCAAGGAUUGUUUAUGUGAGUAAUAUAAGCUCAAAGGUAAUGUAAAUGAUAACGCCAAUAUGGUGGCAUAUUUCUGCCAUGAGAUAGCACAAAAUGAGAUUACACAAAAAUAUCUAGAUACUAAGGUAAAUUAUCGCAAUAAUAUUUCCUGGUAACAUAAUCUUUUCAGAAAACUUCGCUUUAUCAAGAUAACAUUUUUAAGUAUCGCGAUAGGUACCUAGCUAUCUCGUGGCAGAAAUAUCCCACCAUACGCCAACGCCAAACCUUGUUUACCCAAUAUAAAAUUUAUACGUGUUUGAUGCAAUAUGAUAAAUAGUUUAUGCGAUGUGCCGCCUUCAUGUACUGUUUUACCACUUGUGUAUGUCAGACGGUUCGAUUUCCAUUUAAGUGCAACACGUUUCAUAUCCAGAUUAUGUUCUAAAGUGAUUUACGAAAAUUUCACUAGUCGCGACUCAGAAUGUUUCUAAAGUAUCUACGAAGGUGUAUGUUACUGACAAUACUGAGUGCAAAGAUACAUCAUGGAUUAUGUGCGGACAGAAAUGAUGCGAAGAAUCUUAGAACAAAAUUGUUCGUAACGGAUGGGUACGAUAAGAGAAUUAGACCUUCAAACAACCAGUCCGAUCCUAUAGUGGAGUACGUGAACCUCUAUUUACUGUCCAUCAAUGAGUUGAGUGAGACAACCGAGACGCUGAAGACAACAGGAUACCUGUGGUUAUUAUGGCAUGAUGAGUUUUUACAGUGGACACCUGAAGACUAUGGUGGACUCAAAUAUUAUCACUGGCCACAGGUGUUCCACUCUACCUGUGCUAUAGAUAUUACAUAUUUUCCGUUUGAUGUUCAAGAAUGCAAGUUGGAGUUUGUUGCCUGGAGUUAUACAAAAAACGAGGUCACUAUGAUUAGUGGAGAAAAGGGUAUAGUUAUAGAAGGGUUCGAAACCAACUCGGAAUGGGAUGUCAUUGAUACAAACUACACUGUCGACUGGGAUUCUGGUGAAGCAUCUGUAAUCUUCAGUGUCAAAAUAAAAAGAAAGCCACUCUAUGUUCUUCUAUCAGUGAUCAUGCCAAUUAUCAUGUUAUCAAUACUGAAUAUUUCUGUUUUUGUUCUUCCUUGCGAUAGUGGAGAGAAAGCGAGCUAUUCCAUUACGGUAUUUUUGGCAUUCGCUGUGUUUCUGUCGAUAAUUUCAGCAACAUUCCCCGAGAAUUCGGAAGCAAUAGCUUUAUUUUCUAUCUAUCUAAUUGUACUGACAUUACAGAGCACAGUAAUUACCCUGAUUGCACUUGUACUUGCCCGAUGCGCCUCAUUUGAUGCCGACGACACGCCAGUGCCACGCUGGUUACGAUGCCUACUCACGGCGGUGAGCUGUCAGUGCUGCUGCAGAAGACGUACAAGAAAGAACCAAGAAUCUGUUAUAUCUCCUUACAACACAUGGAAAAAUGUUGUCAAUAAGCUUGACAUAGUAUUCUUUGUGUUCUUCACUCUCGUACUGGUUGUCUCAACACUUGUCUUUUUCACCGCAACAAGGAGCAUAUAAACUAUGGUCUUUAAAAUAAUAAAACGAACUAAAGAAAUCACAGAUUCAUUUUAGUCUCGACUAUAACUUUAUCAAGAUGUUAAAUCACAAGAUGCAUUCUAGAGAUAACUAUCCUUGUGCAAGUUUCUCUACAUUUACUUGUUUGCAUGAUAUCAUUGUAAAUUAAAUGAUGAUUCAGUGCUUGACUAACAUAAUCAACUGGUAUAUUCUCUCGGGUAUGUUAAUGAUAUAUAGAGUGGUUGUGUUGUCAUUAGUCAAGCAUGACGCAGAGGUUUAGAUCAUGUUGCAUAUCUAAUUUUACGGUGUUGCUGUGGUAUUGCACUUUCCAUUAUUACAAUCAAACCGAUUGGCUAAAAUCUAUGCGUCAAAAGGAUUCUCCUAUACAUCGUAUUUUACCUGCCGCGGAAUGAUUUCGGUACGCCUCGUAAAACUUUUCGCGGGACGUAUGACUUCAUUGUAGUGUUUAAGUUCGGCAAAACAAAAUGCUACUAUAUAUUAUUUAGAUUAUAAUAUGUCUUUAAAUGUCAAGUUUCAAAUAUCAUAACACUUUUCAAGAGGGAAAAAUGCAGCAACAAUGGUGAUAGUGUUUACCGUCUGUUUUUCAAAUCACACGCGUAUGAAGCAUAGUUUCUAAAUGGCCACAGGGACGGCAAUGGUCAUAUCAAAAAAUGCACAGUAUACGUAUUCUGAAAUUCUAAUUCUGUCAGAUUUUACAUGUACCCAAUAUUUGUAUAUCCCCUUUUUAAUUGUGCUAUUUAUUGCGUCGUUCACUCAGAACUUCGUCAAUCAAAUAGAGGUAACUUCUUCACUAUUGUUGUCAACCAAAGCAAAUAUCUGUGAUCUUGUGCCUUUGUCGAACAAAGAAAAAGCAAACGACUACUGGGUGAAUUAGGUUUCUACCUCCUGGCAAGAAGUAGACAUUAUCCAGCGAAAAAGAUAAUCGAGUGCCUUAAUUGAUCCAGCAUUUUCUUUCUUCGAAGCUAAGGUAGGGGCGUUUACGUUAAAUGUACGUUUGCCUUUGGUUUUGUUUACUUUGACGUGCGAUAAUUUCACUUAUACUGGGAUAAUUUGUUUCAUUUAUGAUGAAAAUUAUUGAAACUAUGGCAAUUGUUAAAAAUUGCUAUUGAUAUUUAAAAAAUAUACCAUUAUAAAUUCUAAUGAAAAGGAGGUCAUUUGUGUUUUAUCAAGAAGGCGUAUACAUUUAAACGAGAACUUGCCUAUUGUUUUUAUAAGAAUUCCUUCCAUCAAACCACAACCUCUGAUGAACAGGAACUUUUACAAUGAUUUUAUUCCUCAAUAAAUAAUUUGAACUGGUAUCCCCUCGAAUAUGGCAUUCUAGUUAAUCUUUGUGGAAAUUAAACGAAACCGACUUUUGGGAGAAUUUUGUUAAAGUCGUGCUUUAUAAGAGGAAUGUUUUUCCAGGGCGUUUAACUUAUCACGGAUAUACACGAACACAUUUUGAUAGACAGAAUGUGGAUAUGAAUAGCAUGAAAAUAUAAUGUUAUGUCUAUUGUAAAAUGUAUGAAUGAACCAAUCAUGUAAUUAUAUUAUAUAAUAUGUCAGUGGUAUGUUAGUUGCUCUACCUAUUUUUGAAUUAAUAGAUAUUUCAUUUUUGAUUGUAUAUGUAUGUCACAUUUAGAAUAAAAUGUAUAUAAUUGUUUGUAUAUAUA